AUGAAAUCCAAAUAUCUGAUGAUAUUGGUCACCUUUUUCAGCCUCUCCAUCCCUUGCCUCUUCCUACUGCUCACCACCACCGCAUCACCGCCUCCCUUCUCCACCCCGGACCUGAGGAUCCGACCCGGAUACACCUCCUACGAGUCCUACAUCCAGCGCCAGCUCAACAAAACCCUCAACCCGAAGCUCCGCAAGAUAUGGACCACCCGCGACUGGGACCGCAAGAUCCAGGUCUUCGCCGCAAUCUUCGACGAUCUGAAGCGGCGCGGCCUCCUCUCCAACUCCUCCAGAGCCCUCUGCGUCGGGGCCAGGAUGGGCCAGGAGGUGGAGGCGCUGAGGCGGGUCGGGGUGUCCGAUUCGGUGGGUGUGGAUCUGGUGCCAUCUCCGCCGCUCGUGGUGCGGGGGGAUUUUGAAGAAAGAUAG